CGCGACCUCUGCUGCUCUUUCGGCUCUUUCCCGUCUGCCGACCGUCUCUCGCGGUCUCCCGAGGCCUAGCUUUCCCCCACCCCUACGCGGGGCUGUAGUCAGAAGUUCCGGAGCCCCCGCUCGCCGGGUGCCGGAUGUGGACCCUGCCUGCCAGCCCGCCCCAGCCCGCUCCGCACUGCCUCCGGAGCUUCAGCGGCCCCAUGGUGUGCAGAUAAGAAUCCUAAGACAAUCAGAUGGCAUCCGGGGAUUUCUGCUCACCUGGAGAAGGGAUGGAAAUACUCCAACAAGUGUGCAGCAAACAGCUUCCUCCUUGUAACCUGCAUGAAGAGGACCUGUUACAGAACCCACACUUCAGCAAGUUGCUUCUGAGUCUCUCACAACACGUGGACGAGAGUGGCUUAAGCCUCUCCCUGGCAAAGGAACAGGCCCAGGCCUGGAAGGAAGUUCGACUGCAUAAGACAACAUGGCUGAGGUCUGAGAUUUUACAGAGAGUCAUUCAAGAGCUGCUUGUGGACUAUUAUGUGAAGACACAAGACACAGAUGUAACUUCUGAGGAUAAAAAGUUCCAUCAGACCCUUGAACAGCGACUACUCGUGACUGAACUGACACAGCUCUUAGGUCCUAGCCAAGAGAGAGAGAUGCCUCCACUGCUAGGACUGGAGAAAGCGGACCUUCUGGAGCUCAUGCCACCCUCAGAGGAUUUUGUGUGGAUGAGAGCUCGGCUCCCACUCGAAGUGGAGAAGCAGCUCAAGAAGAAAUGUUUCACUCUGCUCUGCUACCACGAUCCCAAUUCGGAUUCAGAUAGUGAAACUCUGAAGGCAGCAAAGGUUUGGAAACUGGCAGAGGUCCUGGUGGGUGACAGGCAGCAGUGCCAGGAUGCCAAGAGCCAGCAGAAGGAGCAGAUGGUGCUGCUGGAGAAGAAGAGUGCCACCUACUCCCAGGUGCUUCUCCGCUGCCUCGCCUUGCUGCAGAAGCUUCUUCAGGAACACCGGCUAAAGACUCAGUCUGAGCUAGACCGUAUUAAUGCCCAGUACCUGGAGAUCAAGUGCAGUGCCAUGAUCCUUAAGCUGAGGAUGGAGGAGCUAAAGAUUUUGUCUGACACGUACACUGCUGAGAAAGUGGAAGUUCAUCGUCUCAUUAGAGACCGUUUGGAGGGGGCCAUUCGCCUACAAGAACAAGACAUGGAGAAGUCCCGGCAGGUCCUGAACACCUAUGAGGUCCUUGGGGAGGAGUUUGACAGGCUGGUAAAAGAGUACACCCAACUGAAGCAGGCAACUGAGAACAAGCGCUGGGCACUCCAGGAGUUUAGCAAGGCCUACCGCUGAGCGUUGGCAGGGCCAGGAGGCCCGGUUUCUGCAUAGGUGCUGCUGCCACCUCUUCCUGGUAAAAAGGACCACCUCUACCUGGGGUUGUCUUCACUCAAGGGAGUGUGGGGACACUUGCUUGAAACACUGCAGUCAUUUAGGCACCCUCCUGGUUUCUCUUGUUAAAAUGACUGGUCUCUUCUGGAAAAUUUAGGCGAUUUAUAUAAUUUUAUGUACAGCUAUUUUUCAGUGUCAACCCUGUAUUAUAUUUGAUUAUCUCCUGAACAAAUUGAUAAUAUCGUGUCUUAGGAUUUUAGUCAUUUUUCCUUUGGGGAAAGAUGGAAAAAGAACAUCAAAGGCUGUGUGGGUAAGGAGGGGGGAACUGAGUGGAUCCAAAUAGAAACAGAUCUACAAUGCUGACACAAAGGGUGGGAGGUAGAAGUGCCAGCCUGCCCACGUGGAGUGUUUGAGGCUUCUUCUUCCAGAGCAAGAGUAGAUUAAAACUGGGCUUGCUCUUGAACUAUAAUCUCCAGCAGAGUGCUAGAUGCUAAGGUGGUUAGGGAGCUAUUCUGUCACUGUGGCUCUCAGUGGGGGUGUUACGAUACGGCAGCCGGGCAUUCAGCUCUUGUUACAGGAAAGGGCACAAGCUUCUUGUGCUCCUGGUACCCUCUGGUGUGGUUGGAGGCUUAAUUCUUUCUCCAAAAUCAGAGGGUGGGAGGAGACCACCAUGAGGAACCAAAUUGCAUGGUCUACUUAGCUUAGAACAAGUCAGGGUCCUGGCGGAUGUCAAAAUCAGGAACUGAAAGCAGAAGCAGAAGACUAUCCUUAUUUAAAAGAGUCUACUCAGCUUCUCAAACUACUUUCCGGGGAGACUUUGCAAGGCAUUCUGCUAAGGUCAAAUAAUGAUGGUCUUGGAUUGAUUUACAGGAAAAAUUGAGGUCUUUUGACUCAACUUUAAAUUUUUCUUUAAAUGGUGCUUACUACCAUUUAUCUAUAAGUAAAUGUUGGCCCACACACAAUAAACAAAUAGCAAAUAGAUUAAUAGAAAAACAGACAUAUUCAGUAUUGCUUAUUCUAUAGUUUUUUUCUCCCAACUUUUUUUGGGGAAAGUUUUCAAAUUUAUAGAAAAGUUGAAAGAAUAGUACCAUAGCACCAGUAUACUCUUAACCUAGAUUCAACAACUGCAACCAUUUUGCUUUUCUCUUCCUCCUCCCCCUUCUAGAUAGAUAAAGAUGUAGUUAUUUAGACUAUUUUUUUCCAAACCAUUUUAUAGUAAGUGGCGGACAUUAUGACAUUUCAUUCCUUAAAUACUUAAGCAGGCAACUAAAAAAUAAGGGCAUUCCCCUGCAUAACUAAUACAAUUAUUACACCUAAAAAUGGAUAAUUUUAUAAUAUCUAUUAUUGAGGUCAUAUUCAAGUUUCCCCAAUUUUUUCCUGGUCUGGGGCCCAAUAAAGUUUCAUAUAUUA